CGGGCCCGGGAGACCAGAGCCCACUCCACCAUGACGCCGCUGCUCGCGACGAGCCUCGCGCUGCUGCUGGUCUCCCCGGGCCUCGCCCGGCCGCCGCACCACCGAGGCCACCGCCACCGCGACUCCGGGGACGGCGUGCUGUACGACCAGCGCCAGAACGGCACCGACAACCUGCGCCUGCACGUGGACGGCGUGGUCAUCAUCCACGCGCCCGUCGAGUCGCUGACGGCUCUCGCGGCCGCCGCCGACACGGGGGACCUGGAGCAGCAGCUGGCGGAGCUGCUGGGGUCCCUGGGCGAGGAGUCGUCGACGACCACGGAGGCCGCCGUCCAGGGGCCGGCGGAGGCCUCCGAGGACCCCGCCGACAAGCCCAUGAAGGACACGGAGGUCGCCGCCAGCAAACCGCACAAGGACAAAGACGACGCCGCUGGCAAGCCCAUGAAGGACACGGAGGUUCCCGUCAGCAAGCCCAAGAAGGACAAAGACGAUCCCGCUGAGAACCCCAAGAAGGACACGGAGGUCGCCGCCAGCAAACCGCAGAAGGACAAGGCAGACGCCAAUGAGAAGCCCUCCAAGAAGGACAGGCCACGGAUUCGUUUGUCCAGCUUGCUGAUUCCACUUUUGAGAAGACUGUAGUGAAGAUAGCUGUCCUUUUGCUAGGUGCUUGCCUUUCACUUUCAAGCAGGAAACUACCUUUUCUCAAACUUUCAUUUUUUUUGCAAGAAAAGACAAAGGUAUUUUAAUUUGUCAGCUAGCUUAAAACGCUUCAUUAAAGCGCAUAUGUAAUUUGGAUAUCGUACCAUGAACACAAUAAAAUUUAAAUUUCCAAGCAUUAGCUUAGUAAUCACUUAAACUCAAAAAAAAAUCACUUAAAAUUUUUUUGUCAUUUAUUUUACAGGAUUUUGUAUUCAAUGACUUUGUGACAAUUUAUUUUUCACAUCGAUUUCCUGAGACUUUGUCUUAAAAUGGUAGAGAAUUUCAUAAAUAUAUUUAUUUAAAGAUACUUAAAUUAAUUUGUUUUUAUCAUAAAACAAGAGCUUUGUGGAAGCGUGCAUAUAUAGUGAUUUAUUAAAUAAACUUAUUUAUUUUUAUA